GAGAACCCGAGAGCAAACUUGACUGAGAUAAAUAAAAAGUUAGGAUUUAUGUUGAAAGAACUUCCAGAGGAGGAAAGACAACGGUAUAAGGCUGAAGCUGAUAAAAGAAAAAUUAAACAUUCAAUUUUAAACCCUGGAUUUGUUUACCGUCCAAAACGAAAAAGGUCGGUAGAAAACGUUUUUACAAAU